AGUAGACACGAUCGAGAGAAUAUCUAACCAUGGGAGCGUACCUGUUGAACAGAUGCAGGCCUCAUUUAAAACUGACAUGCAGGGAAAGGAUGGGAGAAAGUCUGUGAUCCCCCACAUGAUCGAGACCACAGCGUCACUAGAGGGCGGGCUCCUUGCCUACCUGGUGGACGGGUACCAGGAGAAGCAACGCACGGACACCAGGGGUCAGUCGGUGUCCAGGGAGAUCCUUCGGCUUCACCUCAGGCUGGCUCCGCUCAAGGUCAUCGUGUUACCUCUCAGAGGAACCAAGGAACUUAGAGAGCUCUCGGACUACUUGGGCAAGGAAUUCAGGAAAGCAGGUGUCAACGUGAGGAGCAUCGUAGAAGUCUCUCCGUCCCUGGAGAAUUAUUACACCAUGUUUGAUGAGAUGGGCGUACCUUUCACUAUACUUCUGAAUGAGAACACCUUAAAAUCCGGUAUAUUGAGAGUGAGGCAGAGAGACACAACUCUCAUGCAACAGCUCCACAUCACAGAGGUUCGAGACAUGAUCCUGCGUCAUUUAGAGGCAGACUGAUGCACAAGGAUAGUCUUCGAUCAGAGAUGCAAUCACCCCACCAGUUGCCUUGGAGCUGCUAACUACAAUUGCCAUCUGUCCAAGACAUGAUCCUCUGUCGUCCAAAGGCAGAAGGCAUGACUGAGUCAACCAAAGGGAGGAAGUUGAGGAGCUAUCACCUUGUAACCAGUGAGCUGUAAUCAUCUGUCCAAGACAUGAUCCUGUGUCGUCCAAAGACAGAAGGCAUGACUGAGUCAACCUAAGAGAGGACCAUGAAGAGCUAUGACUAUGUUACCAGUGAGCUGUUAUCAUCUGUCCAAGACAUGAUCCUGUGUCGUCCAAACGCAAAAGGCUCAUCUGAGUCAACAUAAGAGAGGACCAUGAAGAGCUAUCACUAUGUAUAAACCAGUAAGCUGUCAACUCUUUAUUUCAUCUGUCCAAGAUAUGAUCCUGUGUCGUCCAAAGGCAGAAGACAUGACUGAGUCAACACGAGUUGACCAUGAGGAGCUAUCACUAUGUUACCAGUGAGCUGUUAUCAUCUUCUAUCAUCUGUCCAAGACAUGAUUCAGCAUUGUCUAGAGACAGAUUGAGGUAAAUCUGAGUCAACCAAGAGGACCAGGAAGAACUUUCACUCUGCAACCAGUGAGCUGCUAAGAUGCUCUUGUCACCUGUUCAAGACAUGGUCCUGAGACGGCUUGAGGCUGAGAGAUGCAGAUCCGAAUUGAUCAAAUACAGAGGUGCCAUUAUCAUCUAAUAUGUGAGCAACUACCAUGCUCUGUAGGGUUAUUGUUGUAAUUGUUGCUGCAUGUUGUAUUGUAUUCUUAUGGGUAAGGGGCAUUAGUUAAAUCUUGAAGAGAUUUAUUUAUUUAUUGAAAUCAAGAUAGAUGGCAUUUUUCUGAAUUACUAGCAAGAUUUAUGAUGUAAAUUUAGUAAGUUAACAGUAUUUUAUAUGACAUGUCACUGAUAUAUUUAGUGGUUUCUUGUUUUGUGGCGUGAUGCUACUCUAGGCGCUCCAUUGUUAUUGCCCAGCUUGAGCACGGCGGCCAUUACAGCGCUCCGGCAUUUGAAAGAAUUUCUGCUCGAUACCCAUUUACCUCACCUGGGUUUGAGUGUGUCAAAGGUAGAUUAUUUUAACAAAGGAUAUCAUAAUCAAUGAAGAAAAACAAGUAAAAACACACCCCCCCCCCCCACAAA